AUGUCAGUCAGAGUUACGUACUUCCUUCUAGUUGCUCUCCUUAAUUUCUUUACCCUGGCUAAUGCUAACAAUAAUGAUAAUACGUUCCCUUUCACAACAGUGGUGGACAUCCUCUCUGAUAACGUGGAGUUCUCUACCUUCCUAAGAAAAGUACAAAGAAAUGGCUAUGUUCCCUAUCUUAAUGAGCUACAAAACUUCACUUUACUGGCUCCAGUCAAUUCUGCAUUUUUGGCAAACGGUAAGGAUGAUGACACUAUAUUUGAUAUUGAGAAUUAUCUUCUACACGAUCUCAUAUUGGAAACGUCAUCAACAGAUGGGAUUUUAGUCAUCUCAGAGUCUGUCAAAUUCCCAUUUGUGUUUGAGAAUCUUCAAGACGAAGGAGCUGCGCCAAUAAUCAAUGGUGUAUCUAUUGUGGAUCCGGAUCUUAAACCUAAUUUCCAAAAUGCCACUGUGCAGGGUAUUUCAGGAUUUAUUAAAACUCCUCCAGGGCCGUUAGGACUUCUGGCAGACUUAGAUGCUACGAAUUUAUAUAGUUCUGGGGAAUAUGUCACUUUCCAAUAUAUUAAAAAGUUAGCAACACAAUGCUAUACAAUCUUCGAAGAAUUAGCACAAAAUAAUACGUUGUUAAUCCCAGCUGAUAAUACUUUCUACGAAUAUUUUAACAAAAUUGAAAUAAAUUAUCUACUGGAUUACUUCAACCAAAUGAAAAAUGUUCGUCAACAAGUCCAAGAAUCUUGGCAAUGGGAUCGAAUGAAAUUCUUGAAGAGCACUAUUACGAAAUCUAUAAUUGGCGGAACCAUUAAAGAAGGAAUACAAGGGUACAACUUAAACAAAGAACCGAUUCUCUUUAAAAGUGCUAAUGUAACUUCCAUUAUGGUAAACAACUCCUCAAUAUCGACAGAUUCUAAUCUUGUUUUCGAUAAUGGGCUUGCUCAUUCUUUCAAAAUGUUGGAUCUAGUCUCCAAUAUAAUAGAAUUUGAUGCAGAAAAAUACCUACAUGGAUUAAAUAAUUCGAAAUUUGUUCAAGAACUUUAUUUUCGUGAUUUACAACAUCUGAUAGGUAAACAGACAGCAGAAAAUGCAAAUAUAACCAUUUUUGUUCCUGACCCAUCUACGAAUGACGAUACAACUUUCACCAAAUCAAUGAUUUUGUACCAUUUUGUGAAUGAACAUAUUUGGUUAGAAAACUUGGGAUCCUCAAACACCCACCUAUUUAAAUCAUAUUUUUGUUCUUCAAAUAAGAGAUUAGGCGGUAAUUGUCAAAUGCUCAAAAUUUCUAGUACUGUUGAUGGGUUCAGAAUUAACGAGAAGGUUAAAAUUUUAAAUCCAAAGCCCUAUAAAAUUGGAAAUACUCUGAUAUAUACGAUAAGUGAAGACGUUUCCUUGCCUGGUGAUUUACUUCUCUCUUUGCCACCAUUUUAUCACUGCUCGAUUUCCUUGGAUUUUAUGAGACAGUUGAAUUUACUGAAUUUAGCACCAAAUCACAAAGGUUAUACCAUCUUUUUACCGUGUUUUGACGCUUGGAACGUAAUGGACCUAAACUUAGCAUAUUUGGAACGCAACAUAUCUGCCAUUAAUAUAAUGAUAAAGAAUUACAUUUUAAACGACUUAUUUUAUAGCAAUAAUCUUUCUUAUGCUAAUGUGAAAACAACAAAUUUUCUGGGGCAAAAUCUCACCGUUUCAGCUAGGUCAAACGUUGAUACCUCCAAAAUAGUUGAGCUUGAUUUGGAUACCUUUGAUACACCCUUUAAAGUUGAAUCAGGUAUGGAUAUUCUUUUUGACAAAGGAGUAAUACAUCCAUUGAGAGAUAUUAGUUUCCCAAAAGAACUGAACAUAACGUUGAUUGAUCUGAUAAAAACAACCCAAUCAGGUGAUUUCUUAGACAUGAUUGAAAAAUUUGACGACCUGAGGUCGAUAGUCUCUGGAGAUGCUGCAUUUUCUAUUAUGGUACCCACGAGAGCAUCACUUUUCAGAGAAGGUAUUAAUUUAAAUUCAACUUCACUAAAGGAUUUCCUGGAAACGCAUUUUAUUUUAGGUAACUCGACGAGAAAUUUACUGCAGUGUAAUGGACAGAUUACUACAAAAUCAGGGAAACAUUUAACUUGUCAGGAGAUGUCUAGGGAAAACUAUCUGUUGAAAUUUCAAGAUAUAAAUGACCACGAACUGCGCAUACUACGGAAAGGUUGUAGCACAAUUAACAAUGACUCUUGUAUUUUCUUAAUUGAUAGACCAAUCUCACUAAAGUGGUUUGAGCAAGAGAAGUAUUACUUGAAGUUACCUGGAGUAGCUAUUGGUGUCGGAAUUAUGCUUGGUGCAUUGCUAACCUCAGCAUUAUGUUUUGUAUUGAUUCUCCCCAUUGGAAAAAGAUAUCGUUCCAAGAGAGAUGAUAUAGGAAGUUCGUCCCAAGCUCUUCUUGCGAGGGGCUCUGAAAAUACAGUCCAGUAUGAUAGUACCGAUAACGUGGGUAAUUUAGGUGCUCCUUCCUCUUCAGAGAUGGGAUUCGAUACGUCAUACUCGUCAAACACAAACCGAAUGCCUAUAAAUGUGUCACAGGAUUCUCGAAAUAUCAUUUGA